AUGUUUGACAACAAAUAUGACAACCAACAAAGCAGACAGUACCUCCCUCCCAGUGCUCGUGGAUAUGAUGAUGGAAGCAAUGGGGAGCCUGCGAACUACGACUUCGAAUACAUGGUCCAGGACGCUCCCUCCGGCAACGACUUCGGUCACCGAGAGUCACGACGAGGGGACCGCGCUGAGGGAGUCUACUACGUCCUCUUACCUGAUGGAAGGAAACAGACCGUUGAAUAUGAAGCCGACCAGGACGGUUUCAAGCCCAGAAUCUCAUACGAGGACGUCGGCGCCGGAUCAGGCUACGACAGUAACAGACAAGCGGAUUACAACAACGAUUAUAACAACGGACCUUAUUAG